CAAUUUAAUUAUCCAGUUUUGGUUUUUUCAGUGUAUUCUCACAUUUAAACUUUUGUGGAAUUAAGUGCAGUAAAUUAUUUUGUUGAAAUUUGUUUUAGUAAUAUUGAUGAAUAUGGCUAAAAGGAAAUUAGUAUGUCUAGACUUAAUGAAAACUGUGAGGGAAGUGAAAGAUCAUGUACUUUCUUCUGAUUUUGGUGUUGUGAUAGAAGAUAGAUAUCCCAAAGCGAAAAACCAUUUUUUAGUGCUACCAAAAGAGAAUAUACCCACUAUAUACAAUUUAACAAAGGAUCAUUUACAAUUGCUAGAUAAAUUGCAUAUGCUUGCUAUUGAUGUACUUGAAGUGAAACAUUUCAAACUAGAAGACUUUAAAUUGGGAUUUCAUAGAGAUCCAAGUAUGCGUCAAUUACACUUGCAUGUUAUAUCGCAAGACUUCAUAUCGGAUUGUUUAAAAACCAAGAAACAUUGGAACAGCUUUAACACAAAAUUGUUUUUACCAUAUGAAGAAUUAUAUAAUGAACUUAAAGCGGAUGGGUGUGUAAAAAAGAUAAAUGAAGAAGAA